CCGGCGCGAGCGGCGGCCAUGGAGGGCGGCCCGAGCGCGCGCAUCCGUGAGGGCGACUGCGCCGUGCUCAAGCGGGACGAGGUCUUCAAGGCGGUGUCGGUGCUGCGCCGCAGAAAAAUAAUUUUUGAGAAGCAGUGGUUCUACCUGGAUAAUGCUAUCGGACACAUCUAUGGAACUACAUUUGAAGUAACCAGUGGUGGAAACCUCCAGCCAAAGCAAGAGGUGGAAGAGACAAGCACAGAAACAAAGGAAGCAGGGACAGAUAAUCGUAACAUAGUUGACGAUGGGAAGUCUCAAAAACUGACUCAUGAUGACAUAAAGGCUUUGAAGGACAAGGGUAUUAAAGGACAGGAAAUAGUUCAACAGUUAAUAGAGAACAGUACAACGUUCAGAGACAAAACAGAAUUUGCUCAAGAUAAAUACAUAAAGAAGAAGAAAAAAAAAUAUGAGGCAGUUAUUACAAUUGUGAAACCAUCCACUCGCAUCCUUUCAACCAUGUACUAUGCAAGGGAGCCUGGAAAAAUUAACCACCUGAGAUACGACACCCUGGCUCAGAUGCUGACCCUGGGAAACAUCCACGCUGGCAACAAGAUGAUUGUCAUGGAAACGUGUGCAGGCCUGGUGCUGGGAGCUGUGAUGGAGAGAAUGGGGGGCUAUGGAUCCAUCAUUCAGAUGUACCCAGGAGGGGGACCUGUUAGAGCUGCCACCAGUUGUUUUGGAUUUCCCAAACCUUUUUUUGAUAAUCUUCAUGAAUUUCCUCUCAGCAAAGUGCAGAGUCUCCUGUCUGGGACAUUCAGUACCGAGACUCUGCCUGCAGAGCCUGAGGAGAAUGCCCUGGUGGAAGAGGAGAGCAAUGGCCUGAGUGAGGAGAAACAGAGUUCCCUGCAGGAAGCAGAGGAGGAUCCUGCCCCUGAAGCACCAAUGGACAUCAAUCCAACAGAGGAACAAGACACAAUGGACAUUAGUGCUGAAGAUGUAGAGUUUAAAGAGAACAAAGAAAAAGAAAAUAAAGAAAAUGUUCGGGAAAAGCAAAUGAAACAGUGGGAGAGAAGGAAAAAGCUGAAAGAAGCUGCAGCUUUGCUGAGAGAGAAGAAUGCUGAUGGCUUAAUUGUAGCCAGCAAGUUUCAUCCCACACCCUUGUUACUUUCUUUAUUGGAAUUUGUUGCUCCUUCGAGGCCUUUUGUUGUCUACUGCCAAUACAAAGAGCCAUUAUUGGAAUGUUACACCAAGCUGAGAGAAAGAGGUGGAGUCAUCAACCUGAAACUGUCUGAAACCUGGCUGAGGAACUACCAGGUGUUACCAGAUCGCAGCCAUCCCAAGCUGACCAUGAGUGGAGGUGGAGGGUACCUCCUGUCUGGCAUCACUGUUGUCUUGGAGAAGGGCAAGUCUGAUUCCAGUAACUCAGAGGCACUAAAGAUGGAAGAGCCAUCAUCUAAAAGAUGCAAACUUCAAGACCUUCCUUGUUAACAUUUGGAGAAUGACUCAUGGCUUAGAUCUCAGGAGUUUAGUGAAAUAACAAGUCCUUCCUGUGCUGGUGGCAGCACAGGGCUGUGCCUGUCGUGCAUCUGUCAGAGACUCAGCAGAGCUGCAGGAGAGGGAGGACUCACCUGCUCCUUAGCAGUUCCCAUCAUCUGAAUGUCAAGGAAAACCCUUGGGAGCAAACAUCCCACUGAACUCAUAGGAACUUCAAGAGGGAGAGAAGAUCAAGAGCAGACAAAGCCUCCGUGCAGACAUUCUGUUUGUUUGUUGCCAAAUCUGAAUGUGAGGUAGUUUUUUAAAAGGCUGAGUUGGAAUCAACACAUCCAGCUCAGCUUUCCAUUCUCCCAGAAAGGCAGCAGAGGAUUCCCCUCAGGAUUGCACGUGGUGAUCUGCUCCACAUGGGACACAGAACUCAGCUCUGUUCUGUGAUUUAAGAAAGUGGAAUAAAUAGGAAAAAUCAUACACUUUUUUUUUUUUUUUCCAAAGGAACAAUAAAAAGAGGAAUCUAAUAGUAGAGAUGACCCCAUGCUUACAGCAUGACUCCACAUUUUUCUGAAAUAAAGACAGAGGAGAAAGUGCAUGUUCUUAAAUUAAAAUACUAAAUAUUUAAACAAUGUCACUAUUAAUAUUGUCUGUCACUUUCCAGGACAUUUUCUGAGAGUUGCGGUAUGUUUUUAAGAUAUGACUAUUUUGGAAACUGCUGUAUGUAUAUUUAUUUAUUCUACUGUUAGAUCUUUCAGAUGUUGGGCUUUUUUUUAUUAAUUUUUUAACUUUGCAUUUGCCAUUUCAAUUAAACUACAGGGUGUUUUUCCCUAAAGAGAUUUAUGUUUUCUCUUUUCCCUCUUUUUGGGAAUAAAAAGGUCCAGCAUAGGCUUUAGGAGGACAGUAUUCUGCUGGCUGCACCCCAUUACACCCCAGUGGGAGCUUGUAGGGCCAGGAGGGCUUGGCCUCCAUUCUGGAACUCCCUCAUCAGUGUCUGGACAGAACCUGGAGCUUUGGGAUCUAGUGCUGAGACUCAAUAAAGCUGUAAAAUUCA